AAUCACAUAAUCACAGAAUGGGUCAGAUUGCAAGGGAUCACAGUGGGUCACCUGGUCCAACAUCCCUGCUCAAGCAGGGUCGUCCCUGAGCACAAGGCACAGGAUUGCACUGGUUCUUGAGACAGUUCUUAAAUAUCCCUGUUGCCUUCAGGCAGCAGAAAUGGAAAAGCUCUGUCUCCACACGUGCAAAAAUGCCUCCUUGUGAUUUUGUACCUGAAAAAUACAAAUCCUAUCCGUAUGAACGUAUGCAGAAGAUUCGUGAACAAAAUAUUGCUCCUUCACUGAGAAUGUAUUACAAGAAGCCAUUGUUGCUGCAUCAAGGGCAUAUGCAAUGGUUGUUUGAUUAUGAAGGACGAAGAUAUCUUGAUCUUUUUGCUGGAAUUGUCACUGUCAGUGUUGGUCACUGUCACCCGAAGGUAACUAUGGCUACCCAGAAACAGCUUGCUCGCCUGUGGCACACCACUAAUAUCUACAUGCACCCAUCAAUCCACGAGUAUGCUGAAAAGCUGACUUCCCUUCUUCCAGAUCCACUGAAGGUGGUUUACCUGACCAACAGUGGGUCGGAGGCCAAUGAUUUAGCCAUGUUCAUGGCAAGGCUACACACCCGUUACUUCGACAUCAUCUCUUUCAGAGGAGCCUACCACGGAGCCAGCCCUUACACACUGGGUUUGACAUCUCUUGGUCCCUAUAAGCAUGGUGUUGCCAAUGGCUUUGGCUGUACAACAACAAUGUUGCCAGAUGUUUUUCGUGGUCCAUGGGGAGGCAGCUUUUGUAGAGAUUCUCCAGUGCAAACAGUUCGAAAAUGCAGCUGUCCUGAAGGUGUAUGUCAUGCAAAAGACCAGUACAUUGAACAGUUCAAAGAUACUCUGAACACCUCAGUGCCUAAGACAGUAGCUGGAUUUAUUGCUGAACCAAUUCAAGGUGUUAAUGGAGCUGUUCAGUACCCAAGAAAUUUCUUAAAAGAAGCUUAUCAACUGAUACGGGAAAGAGGGGGCAUUUGUAUCGCAGAUGAAGUACAGACAGGAUUUGGACGGACAGGUAGCCAUUUCUGGGGAUUCCAAACACAUGAUGUAGUCCCUGACAUAGUUACUUUGGCAAAAGGAAUUGGUAAUGGCUUCCCAAUGGCAGCUGUUGUUACAACCAAAGAGAUUGCAGAUUCCUUGGCUCAAAACCUUCACUUUAAUACAUUUGGAGGAAGCCCUUUGGCCUGCGUAGUUGGAGCUGCAGUUCUUGAUGCUAUUGAAGAAGACGGUCUACAAAAGAACAGUGAGGAUGUGGGAACAUACAUGCUGCUGGAGUUAGCUAAACUACGGGAUAAAUUCAAGAUUGUUGGAGAUGUUCGUGGCAAGGGACUUAUGAUUGGAGUAGAAAUGGUGACAGAUAAGGACAGUCGCUGCCCUCUUCCAGCUGAAGAAGUUGAUCAGAUCUGGGAGGACUGUAAAGACAUGGGGGUUCUGAUCGGCAGAGGAGGGCUCUACAGUCAGACAUUUAGAAUUAAGCCUCCUAUGUGCAUUACUAAAAAGGAUGUCGACUUUGCUGUGGAAGUAUUCCGUACUGCUUUACAGAGACACAUGGAAAGAGCAGCUGCAAAAUAGACUUGAUUUGUUUCCUUGGUAGGAUGCACACACAACCCCCGAUACUUGUGACCCAGACUGGGAACUAAUCUACAAUGGAAAAGAAAAUCAUAGUCUAACAAUUAAAUACUUGUUCAGUAUCACAAGAGCAUUCUGACAGAUCCAGUGUUUAAUAAAGAAUAUGCUCUAAUCUGUUUUGUAAACGCACAGUUCAGUUCUACAGUGGAGGUUUAUAUUAGCUACACACCUAUUUUGGCUUUAUCCAAAAAUCCUGACUGGAUUAACUGAGUGUCAGAUGAAGACACAGACAUAUAUGCUUCUUUCAUCUGUGAAAGUCACAUCAAAAUUGGUAAUUUUAGAGUGACAGAAAGAGUCCCUCCAGUGACUCCAGUCUCCAGCAGUCUCAGUCUGUUAGAUUUCACUUACAUAAGCACAAUCUCUGGCUGAGAAUCACCCUAAGCAAAAGGUAACUGGAAGUUUCAGAGUUAAAACUAUGUACCCUGACUACAAGGAUACGCUGUAAUUAGAGCACUACUAAAAGUUUGCACAAAGCCGAAAUGUUUCUAAUUACAGAAAUUAUUUUUAUCAUGGGGAUUAGAAUCCAGUCAUCACCUUCUCCAAAAUAUGCUUUUCUGUUCCUCCUGCUGCUUUUGGGAUUGCACAGCACACCCAUUAAUCAUUUAGCAAAGGUGCAAACUCUGGCUGGUGAAAUAAAAUGUUGUUUCUUUCUUACA